CGUUGUGUCUUCUGGAAGCGCGGCGUUGCUGUGGAAACUCGCUCAUGGCGGAAAGCGACAAGGGACGAGACGAAGUUUCAACAGUUUGGAAAACAGCCCGGGUAAAUCUCCUUACAUUUUCUGGACGUUUACCUUGCGCAGUCAGGGCUGCGGACUUCAUGCGGCGGAGUGAGUAAAGCGAAGUCAUUUUCAUUAGCAGAAAGCUUCUGAAUGAACUAUUUAUGGGUCGAGGAUCCGAGGUGUCUCGAGACUUUGUAUUUUUUAAAUAAUCGUGUCAUGCCUUGCUCAAGUGCCGGGUGAGCCGGUGAGCCACUUUCCAAGGCGCUCCAUGAUGUUCCAGGCGGGCGCAGUGCAGCUGCUGUGUCUCACAGCCAGCAGCGGCGUCCCCCUCUUCUGCCGCGGGCGCGGAGCCUCUCGGCAGCUGCCCUUUUCCGUGAUCGGAUCCCUGAACGGAGUGCACAUGUUUGGCAGCAGUCAGGACGCCCAGCUGUCUAGUACUGUCACGGAAUGGGGCCGGGUGCUGUGGAGGGUCUACCACGAAAGCAUCACCCUUAUCGCUGUCAGCUCAGAGGAGGGCGCUAGUGAGCUGUAUCUCGAACGCCUUCUGGAGAAUGUCUUCAGCUGCAUGGUGCUGAUCCUGGGCUUGGACGACCUGGCAAACAUCAAGAAUGUGGAGAGACUGAAGCGGGAUCUGCGCUCCUGUUACAAGCUUAUCGACAGUUUUCUGGAGGUACCCAAUGAGGGUGUCGGUGAUCUGACACACUGUGCAGACUGUUUAAUUCCUCAGGAACCGACCAUCCUUCAAGAGUGCUUAGAUGGCUUCUCCCAGGCUGCUGAGAGUGAGUUUGGAUGCCUGUUGGUGGAUGGGAAGAUUGUUGUGGCCACAGAAAAAUGGUGGCGCCUGGCCCCGCAGGAAGUGGUUCUUCUCUCGUUUCUAGUGCGCUCUUUGGGAGGAAGUUCUUCUAGAGACUAUCCUGUGUUCCUACCCCAGGGGAGUCCUAAUGUCCCUCAUCGUCUACUCUGCUUUCAGUUACUUGCUGGGGUCGAUGUGUGCGUACUUUGUGGGCCCACCCCUUCACUGCAAAAAGUCGAAAGAGAGCUUGUCUGCCGGUUCUGGUCCCCACUAAUUGACUGCUUGCGCAUCUGCGUUCGCCUGAAGGGACGUUGCUUCCCAGGCACAGUGUCAAUCCCACAGGGGAUUCUGGGACUGCUUCUGAUCAACAGGGAUAACAGUCGGGCCCUCUGUUCCAUCCAGGGUUUCCAGGAGUCGGCCCAGAGCAGUGCAUCUUUUUCACAAGAGAGACGGAGGGAGCUGCUUCGACAGUUCUACACGCUGGCCACCACCCGCUACUUUUUAGCAGAGCCUCAGGGGGAGAAGCACAGGGCCUUGACUGAAGAGUUCCAGUUUGGCUUCACUCAUGAGCCUGUGCAGUGUUACCUGGUUACAGAUGAUUGCAAAUGCUUUGGAAUUCAGACCCCACAGUACCAAUGCUUUGUGCUGACCACUGAUAGUGUGCCCACCUUUGCCUUGCGGUCUCUAGCCACUCGCACACUAACUGCUCUCACCACCCAGACUGCUUUCUGAAGAGAAGUAUGCCAGCCGGGAGUCACAUUGGUCUUGUUAGCAUACGAGUGUGUGUUCACCCGCACUCCUCUGUGUCCGGGCAAGAGACUUGGGGUCCUAACUGCUGGCCGAACAAAAGGAUUUGACAAGUCCCGAUACUGAAAUACCUUUUGAAUCUUAUGCUGCUUGUAUUUUUUAAUUCACCUGUCACUUUUCAAAAGUUUAAGGCAUACCAGUUAUAACAAUAUGUUGUCAGAAACAGUUUGGCUUGAUAAACUGUUCUCUGUUCUAUACUCCUGCGUUUUAUUAAAAAUGUUAAAAAUGGGACUGCAUAUCUUGAGCCUUUCUGGAAAGUUCUGGGCCAAUUGUCAAAUCAUGUGAGGUCAGUUUAUUUU